AUGCCACCCAAAACCGACAAUGCGCCGCUCGUGAUCACCACGGAGGAGGAGGAAAUCAUCAAACAGAGAAUCAUAGAACAAACUGCAACGCUGAAACCCGGACAAGAUUACCCGUUGAAGCGCCUGGUGAAGACUUUCUUCGCCCUGAUGAAGGCCUUAGACGCAGGCGCGGACGUCGACGAGGCCAAAGAGACGUUCUUGAUCGAGUUAGACACGUACGAGUUCAACAUGCUUCGUUACGGGACGGUGGUGGACGCGCAGCGAGUGCAGACGCUCGCGUACGACGACGAGGAGAUCGAGCUCGAGCAGACGACGAAGCGACUGAAGGGGCAGUGUAAGAAUUUACGAUCGGAGCUCGCGGCGAGCGAGCGCGAGCGGGCGUUUCGAGAGGCGAGGGACGAGGCGGCCAGCGCGUGCCGCGAGUAUCCGACGCGUGCGGAGAGCGAGGACGCGAACGCCCAGCUCGAGCGCGCCCUCGCCGAGGCAAAAAUCGUCUUGACGGGAUUGGAUGAGAAGGUUGCCGCGCGAAAGGCGAAGUACGCGCUCUUACUCGCCGUCGUGGACUCCUUGGACACGGAGUGA